GAUGAGAUAUUUGCAAAUUGAGGGGUGGAUGGAAUUAUAAGACAUAAUUUCAGGGAUUUAUCUUAAAUCCCUUAUUAGUAAAUAUUGUAUAGGGAAAAGCUAUGAUGCUAAAAAUUUUAGAUAAACAAGAGGGGAAAGAUGA